AAAUGCGCAGCUUUUCCCAAACAAACAAAAACAGAUUACGCGAUGGGAGAACGAUUUUGUUUCGGGGGAGGAAUCAGGAAAAGUUGGACGAACGGAAAAUGACAACAACGUAGUACACUGAAACAAAACGUCGACUAUCGUUGUUUUCCGGGUAGCGGACAGUGCAUCGUUUAUUGAACGCUCUUUCGCAAAAAAAAUCGCUGAAAAUUAGUAUCUUAUCCAAAUAAAUACAAUCCCGCAAUGGCCAAGCAUCAUCCCGAUCUUAUAUUCUGCCGAAAGCAGCCGGGGGUUGCCAUCGGACGCCUGUGUGAAAAAUGCGACGGAAAGUGUGUGAUCUGCGAUUCCUACGUGCGUCCGUGCACCCUGGUGCGGAUCUGUGACGAGUGCAACUACGGUUCCUACCAGGGACGAUGUGUGAUUUGCGGUGGUCCCGGCGUGUCGGAUGCCUACUACUGCAAGGAGUGCACCAUCCAGGAAAAAGACAGAGAUGGAUGUCCCAAAAUCGUCAAUUUGGGAAGCUCCAAAACCGAUCUUUUCUACGAAAGGAAAAAGUACGGUUUCAAACAGCGGUAGAGUUAGAUUCCUUUUUCGCAUUAAUUCGCCUAGAUUUAAUCAAUUCAUUCAAAGUAUGACCCUAAUCAUGAAUAUAAAACAAUGUAUUUGA